AUGCGGGAUGGGAACUCGAAUCCUUUUGAAAAACAGGUGUACGCUAUCCUUACCUUUCAACCAACCCCUACGAUUCCGCUUCUGAAGCAGUAUAUAAUCUCGGUCCCUUACCUUGAUGCCUACAGCUCAAAUUGUUUUCCAGUGAUGGCAAGAAUCCGCAAAAUACUGCUUUUUCUUUUUCUUCUUCUUGUGUUGUUUCUGAAUGGCAUCAUAGCUACACGAGGGAAAGCGAUGCUGCCCACUCUGCCGCAAAAGGGGGCCGCUUUCUUCCCCCCCAAAAUGCCCGUUCCACCAUCAGGGCCCAGCAAGCAGCAUAAUUAUGUUCCGAGGCUGCGUUUCAUUCCAGCAACAGUAGUCUAUGGUUCGCCUUGUUCCAUCCGGCGCGAAUCCCCUCCAUCACUAGUAUGGUGGAGGUGUUAUUUGUAUUGCAAUAAUUAAAAAAUGUACGAACACAAAUAAUGAGCAGACCAGCCCACUUUUAUAUGUGGGUUAUUUUCAUAAUGUAUUUUUGUUUUGAAUAAAGAAGCGCGCUCCUGUUAGUGUA